AUGAACACCGGUAGCGCCACAUCGGCUGCAGCGGCGCGAAGUCCUUCCUGGGUAGCGUUUAAAAAUAGUGACACCGCCGUACCUCCUUCAGAGGAUGCCAAUGCGGUGGACGGCGUCGUGGUCGACUCAGACACGGCAGCACACAUGAAAGAAGCCGAGACAUCACUGCGCCGCACUCUCCAGGAGGCACGCGCUGCACUUCGCUCCUUGCAAACAAUCACCACCACGCUUGCCACGCAAGACGAGACACUCACCUUCCUGGAGGAGUGCGUGGCAGAGAACGACGAAGAAUGGCGUCAGGGGCGUCGAGAGAUGCGGCGCACGUGGCACUGGUAUGCUGCCGUGGCGCACUGGCUACGGUGCGGGAAAGGCGGUUCACGGUCGCAGGUGGCGAACAAGUCGCCUAGCGCUCCACCAGCGGCGAGGCGUCUGUCAGGAACGGCACCGGUGACCGAUUUCAGCACUUGCCGUAGGCUGAAGCAUGAGUCGAGGACUCGUAGCGAGGCUUCGGGAGGUAUUACGGCCACACAACCAGAAGCCGCGCACUUCUUUAAUGCUGACGCACUUGACAACUGCAACACACCUGCCAAAAAGGGCAACAGCGUGCAACGCACCGCCGUUGCGGAGGAUAUAAGCACCGAUGUGAUGAAGAGCCCUGAAUCCAUCACACCGUCCGUGCAUCUUGGCAGUCGCCAUCGGACAGCUGCGGAAAAGCAUCGCGUCAACCGAUGCGUCGACGUUGCAAUGUGUGACCGGAUGGAGCCGACACUAGACGAGAUACGCGGCAUUGUGGGCGAGUUGCAUGACCGCGCUACGAUGUGGAACGCUAUGCUAACGUCCGACGUGGGCCGGAUGGACGAGCUCAUCCAGCGCACCGACAAGACACGCGCAAAGAACAAGAAGGUCGAGCGGCACUGA